AUGGUAAUAUCAUUGGAUCCACGACCUAAAAUAUUCACCUCCAGAUAUCAUGAGAUCAUAGUAGUUACACUCAUUUGUCUUGCACAAUUUUUCACUCAAGCGGGAAUCACAUUAUCAUUAUCGACAAUGAACAUAAUUCUAAACUCCUUCAAUACCAUUGAUUCAGCAAAACAGGUUUGGUUUAUGGGAUCAUAUGCAUUAACUGUGGGGACAUUUAUCUUAAUUAGUGGGAAAUUGGGCGAUUUAUUGGGAUUGAAAUUGAUAUUUGUCAUUGGAUGGAUUUGGACUACCGUGUUUUCAACAAUCACAGGAUUAUCAAAUUAUGUUUCAGUUGAGUUUUUCAUUAUUUGUCGUGCCUUACAAGGUAUUGGAUUUGCUCUUUUGUUACCAUGUGGAAUGGGCAUUUUGGGAAACAUUUAUCCCAACGGUGAACGGAAAAAUCUUGUGUUUGGUUGUGUUGGUGCCAAUGGGCCCUCUGGGGCUUUUUUUGGGGCAUUCAUAGCGGCUUUGAUUGCACAAUUAUGGUGGUGGCCAUGGAUAUUUUGGUUGUUAAGUAUUGGUGGCGCUAUGUUGACAAUAAUUUCCAUAAUCUAUAUCCCUCCAAUACCUCAUCACAAAUUUGAAAGUUAUAGUGAGUUCUUCAAAAGAAUCGACCCUCUUGGUACAUCAACUGGGAUAGUAGGAUUGAUUUUAUUUAAUUUUGUAUGGACUCAGGGUCCCGUAGUAGGAUGGAAUACGGCUUACAUAAUUGUUUUAUUGAUCAUUGCUGUAUUACUGAUCGUGGCAUUUUUCAUUGUUGAACUAUUUAUUGCUGAAUAUCCGUUGGUGCCCAAAUCAGUUUUCAAUCUUAAAAUCGGCAUGGUCCUAGCGUGUAUAAGUUGCGGUUGGGGGUCAUUUGGGAUUUGGCAAUAUUAUUACUGGAAUAUUAUUUUGAAUCUACGAAAGUAUACUGCCAUUGCUGGCUCAUUAACUUAUGUCCCAUUUUUGGUCAUGGGGAUAAUUGCUGCCAUUGCCUCGUCAAUCAUUAUCUCCCAUACAAAACCAUCCUACAUAAUUUCAUUUGCGACAAUUUGCUUUAUGGUGGGGUGUCUAAUGUUGUCAGUGACUCCAAUACAGCAAUCCUACUUUCGAUUAACGAUGGGACAGAUGUUUAUAUUAUGUUGGGCAAUGGAUAUGUCGUUCCCUGCUGCCUCCAUUAUCUUAUCUGAUUAUUUACCCAGCCAUCAUCAAGGUAUGGCUGGUUCAUUGGUGUCAACAGUGAUAAAUUAUUCAGUCAGUUUGUUUUUGGGUAUGUCAAGUUGUGUUGAGACCGAAAUUAAACUCAGGACACAUAAUGUUUUGCUCAGUUAUAGAAGUGGAUUAUAUUUUGGAAUUGGUGUUGCUAGUUUGGGUAUCUUCUGUUCUUUAAUAUUUAUAUUUAUACAAAGAAAUGACGGUAAAGGUACUAAUGCUUUAUUAGUAGAUCUGGAAGAAGAGAUUAUUAGGGACUCAACUGAAGAUAUUAUAGAGAAAAAGUAA